CGAGGGUAUAUAAGCAUCUGGCAGCGGCCGGCCGCGACUCUGGCCACCAUGAAGCAGCCGGUGGUGUGGGCGGCGCUGCUGGGCGGGGUUCCAACAGCCACCAGCACCGAGCCCACGGUUUUCUUCAAAGGAAGGAAGGCCCGGUGCUUGAAACUGCUGUGUGGCGCUGGCCGCCGAGACGUUCAUCUGCCCGGAAGAUGAAACCACGGGUCUGUUCAUGGACGACUUUGACUGCGACGUUUACUGGAGCUGCUUCCGGGGCGAGGCUACCUUCAAGGAGUGCCCCGACGGCUUCGGCUUCGACCCAGCUCGGGUGCGGUUCGACGAGCCCUGCGACUAUCUCUUCAAGGUCAACUGCACCGGCCGCGAGGGCCUCGGGGAGCCGCAGGGCACGGGCGUCUGCGAACGGAAGAAUGGCAUCUUCCCGCACGAGGACGCAGACACGUGCGACCAGUACUACACGUGCGAAAACAACGAGCCGACGAAGAGCACCUGCCCGCCGGGCCUGCACUUCCGGCUGGACGAACUGGUCUGUGACUGGCCGGCGGCGGCGAACCGCGGCGCGUGCGGCGCCAAGAAAAGCAUCGGCAACUUCACCUGCGACCCGGAAAUUGAGUACUUCACGCCAGCCAAGCAGAAGAUCCAGCACCCGACCUUCGCGCAUAACGACUGCCGUAAGUUCUACGUGUGCAAGAACGGCAUCGAUCCGGCCAUCUCCAGCUGCGACUACGGCUUGGUGUACAGCAUCGACGAUGCCACAUGCGACAUUCCCGCCAACGUGCCGGACUGCGCAACCUAUUACGACGAAGAAGAGGCCUAAGAAGUGGUACGGUAAGCAGCCCCGAAGAUGGAGCCUGCCUCCCACGAGCCUGCGCACGACACAUCAUCCAGGACUAGUCAGUUCUGCUGCACGUCUGAAGCUGACAAUGAAGGACGGGACUCCACAUACCGGUCCGGAUGCCAUGGCUCCGUACUAAGUCACCUGUGAUGCCUCCCUUGCAUUUUUAUGUUGUUAUGACGAAUAAAGCGAGAGGUUGUAAACUA